UUUUAAUUUUUUGGAUGACAGAUAAACAAAUUGUUUUUAAUGCGCCUAAGGAGUCAACAUGUCGCAAGCAGAUUUCAAACACAAUUUGCGUAAGCUGGAUUUCCCGGCUUGUGCAAAAGAAGCGCUGCCACGUAUAGAGAGCAUAGUUGUGAGUCGCAGUAAACAAAAUUUCGCCAUUCAACUUAUCUCAGAGUUUGUGUUUAUGGAGCGUCCUAAGGACGCAUUGGAUGUUCGCAAAGGUCAAACAUUUAGUGGGACGCAAAUGAACUCUUUUCAAGAGUUUCAACUUAUACUCGUUCUGAUUGAGUUUUUUUCUCAGCCGGGACCGGAUGCUACACGAAAUGUUGUGUUUCUUUCUCUCUUUGGCAGCAACCUCACGCCGCAACGUUCUAAAAUAUUGUGUCGCUUAAUUAGCACCGGAGUUUCUGGAUCGGUAGCUCCUCUCCUUUCAUCGGCAGGUACUUGGAUGCAACAAGUAGGUUGCACGAGUCAACCAAGUUUGGAAGUGGCACAGAGUUUAGUCAGUGAUUUUAUAACAUUUUCACGAAAAACCUCGGAGCAAUUCAAACAGCUGCCUAUGGUUGCACCACACUUUGCAGCUAAUCUUAUGACUGCCGUAGCAGAAUUGUAUAUGACUGAUCAAACAGGUGCGUUGACCCCACCACCCGAUGCUUUGUUAGACGUGUUCACGGAAUGGAUAAGUGAAAACUCUUCCUUGUGUUUGGCGUCUCAGCAGCCUUUGGCGUUGCCGAGUGGUGCUAUUGCAAUGCCUGUUGUUACACCUUUGGCUGGGCUAAUACGUUGGGUAGUGCUGGCACCCUUGUUCUCGAAUCGUUCAACUUAUAGUAAUUUACAUGUAUGGCUGUUGCAAACUAUGUUGCAGAUAGUUAACUCGGGCCCGCCGACAGCCUUGAACGCACAACAUCUGGCACAAAUUGUAGGACCUCUGCAAGCUUAUGUAGCACGCUUGUUGGCUGAUAAGGUAGACCCUGCGAAAGAUGCAGCCUAUCAAAAGAGUAUGGAGCGUCUGGCACAAGCAGUGCAGGUGCCAAUUUCAGCCAAUUGUAUGUACGGAAAUAUACCACAACUCUUGUGUGUGUUAGAAACGCUUCCUUCCCAUUCGCUUAUGGAUAUAGUUAUAAAAGCUAAUAAAAACGUCUGAGUAACUUAGGUUUAAGCUAUAAUUUAUGUAAUUUAUUUCACUUACAAAUAAAAAUUAAA